AUGCCGACACGUGGAUUCAAUUCACCCUCGAGUCCAGCCUUUCCAGGAAACCCGUCCAGUCCUUACUAUUACCCAACAGCACAGGGUACCUCCAACCCUCUUCUUGGUGGCAACCAGGACAGCGUCUGUGUUCUCACCAACGGCGAUGUAGUUCACUUUUCUGCGUUUGACUGGAUCGAUGCAGGACCCAUGGCCAAGAACAGGACAUCUCGACGAUUCUGUCUCCUGCUCGGGUACGCAGAUGGCAUGCAGAUCUGGGACAUCACCCACCCAGACAAUAUUCACGAGAUCUUUUCUGCCCGUGACCCAAACAACGAAGUGUCGUUACUCAAGGUCCUUCCAUCGCCGCGGGUGCCUACCGGAAAGUUCGAUCUGUUCGAGCAAUAUAGGCCACUCUUGGCUGUCAUCUCAAACAAAAGGACCGAUGAAGGCCGCACGUCUCACAAGAAACUGGAGAUAUACUCUCUCGCGACUCACCAGGUUGUCAUGGCUCCCAACUUUGAAGUUGGGCCAGACUAUGAUAUUUCGGCGCUGGACGUCAACGAACGUGAACUUGUCGUGACCAUGACUGCACCAGGAGAAGGAACUCGUCUGUUUAUGUUGAACCAGUUGACACUGCAGGCGAUGCACGCAAAGCCACUUGCUCUCAAUGACGUCGCUUACCCAGGAGUGCUCGCUCUUGGUACAAGAUUGCUUGCCUAUGUGACAACAAGUGAAUCACCCAGCGACAGUUCCGAUACCAAGCAUGGCGAAGAGUCAGAUGGCGGUGGAGGUUAUCAAGAUCUGGCCAAGGGGGUCGCCAAGGAAGUUUUUGGAGGAGUGAAGAUGCUUGGCGGCUACGCACAUCAGACGUUCUCGUCAUAUUGGUCAGGAGCGUCAGGAGCAAACGCAACUGCAUCGACCUCUCCUCCCGUUCAAUCUGGACUCAACAGAUCGCCUCACAGACAUGUCAGGAGAGCCUCAGCAUCCGCUGACCAUGACCGGACGUCGCCCCAUCUCCCCCACAGACGUAGACACGACGACAACUCUCCUCACAAGAAAGAGGCUAUUGGAACAGUCAUAGUCAGGGAUAUCACGCUGUCUAACAUGCCGAUUGUUGCCCAUUUCAAACCACACGACCACCCGAUCACAGGAUGCAAAUUCUCACCCUCUGGAAGGCUGCUGCUCACGGUGUCACGCCACGGAAACGUCUUUCAUAUCCACGAAGUCAGGCCUGCCGUCAACCCUGGCUCCAGACAUGUCUACAAGCUUGCCCGUGGUAUCACCCAUGCCAGCGUGGAGGACAUUGUCUUCAAUGAGGACGAGACAUGGGUGGCAGUGACGACAUCCCGAGGAACGACCCAUCUUUACGCUAUCAACCCAUUCGGAGGUACUCCUGAUGUCGGUGCACACAUGUACACAGGCGUCGUCAACUGGACAGCCACAGCUAUCGAAUACCCAACCAGUCUGAACGCACUCUGUCGUAUCAAGCAACGGCAUCACGUCCCCGAUGUGAUCCUGUCUUCGCGAUAUGAUUUGGAUGGUGGCACGGAUCUCUUUGCCCCAGGAGCAGGAGAGAAACGACGCGGCUCUCUUCGUCGACAAAACUCACAGGACUCUAUGAGCUCGACGGGAACUGGAAACUCGGAUACCAGUCAGGGAUACCUGAGCAGACUGCAGCAGAACUAUGGUUCGUUCAACGGAGGACGCCAGCGCGCGAUGAUUGCGACCCACUUUUUGCCCUCGUCGACCGUCUUUGCUUCGGAUCCAGGAAGUGUAGCCCUCUCGCCCGGUGAAUUUGAUGGUGGUAUCGAUGGGCCGUUUGGUCCAGGGUCAGGAGAUUCAGGACGACGGGACAGCUCCACCUCCUCCACAGCGCAGAACUCGAGCACUUUGUUGAUGAACCGUUCCAAGGCGCCUCCAGUGAGUACAACCGCUCGCCUUCAGUCGACAGCAUCACAGCUUUGGCAGACCCUGAGCCCUCCUGCAGCCGCUGUAGUCCAGCAUGCCGCACAUGGACUGGCCAGUCUUCCUGGACUCGUCGUGGAGACAAGUAGACGUGGACCUGUGGCGACAGUUCGAAGCCGAACAAUGAGCUGGACUGGAGCAAACAUCCAGCCCAACUCACCUAAGCACCACCCUCACCUUGCAGGCUCUCGAGAUACCCGUGGAGAUGGCCAAAGCGAGGGUGGAUCAACCGCUGCUUCAUCCAAAGACAACAGCGUCAAGGACUCUGACGCUUCCUUGGCAGUCCAGCAACAGCUAGCUUCGCAGGGAUCGCUUGUAGAGCCAGAGCGCGGUCCCAGUUUUGCCGAUGUUUAUGUCUUUAACCCAUUGGGAAUGCUUACUCUGCACCGAUGCUGGGUCAGUAGUGUCCGAACCAAGAAGACAUACAACGGUCGUGCUGUGGAAACGUCCGACUUGUUGCUGGCACCAGAAGAUGUGGCGGAAUGGACGCUGAACCGGUCUGGGGACUGGGCGCCAGUCAAAAGGUCGCUCGCUCUGCCUGCAGGAACCAAGGCAGCACAACAACACACCAAUGGCAAGGUCAAGAAGAGCACGCCCCAUACGACAUCAGGGCAUGCCACGUCGCGGUGGCUCGCCCACGCUGAGAUUUCGACUUAUGACAACGGAAUGCAUUCUGGAUGGAAGGGCCAAUACCCACUUUUGAACCAGACCCUUGCCGCUCAGGGGUCACUUGCUACGACCGUCACUCUGACUCAACCCCAGCAUCUGCUAUGGAAAUCUCCUCAGUUCUCCUUCCAGAACUACGUUGGCUCAGUGGACGAGGUCCAUCAGGAUUUUAUUGAAGGCAAGGCGACUGCAGUGAAGACACUCAAUCUGCGUCGCGGUGUGGCAAUUGUGGCAGGAAAGGAUCCACGGUCGACAGCUGAUGCCUCGAGGGAUCUCCAGGGCGCCAACAGGCCAUGGAUCUCGGGCAUUGCCGUUGCUGCAGAUGGUCGGGGUGUGCGAGGCCACGGACGAGUCGAGAGCCACGAUGGCGAUGCUGAGGAUUUGUCCGAGAACUUGUCCUCUGCAAUGAAGUCAUACCUGCAGACCCACUCUAGUUCUCCUAUCAAUCAAAGUCGCAUGUCGCCCUCUGUCGGCAGUGUCAGCCCUUCAUCGUUUCGAGCAGCCACGUUGUCCUUUGAGGAUGCGUACUUGAUUAGCCUUGGCAACGCUUCAGGCAGCCCCAAGCCGACAUUUUUUGGAUCGAUGGGUCAGCCCGCACAGUACACCCACCAGACAUUCUUGUCGACCCCUCCUGCUGAACAGGUGUCUAAAUCUAGGAACGGAUCACUGGCGAAUGCCAGCCCUUCCCUCUCUGCCACUGUCGCUCCCAUGACAGGCUUUACAAACACACCUUCGUCGUCGACCUCGCCGAUGGUGUCAUCAUUUGGUGACUCCCCUUCGCCCUUGAAUGGCACCGCUUCGGGCUCAUCAGCACCCAAGCACCACUUGAAAUCUGGAUUUGUGCCCUCGAGCCGCUCGUCGCCCCACCAUGCGCAAACGAAUAGUCAAGGCCACACUCCUACCCAAAACCCAGGCAGCAUGAACAAUUCUUUGGGCAAGACCAAUCAUUUGGAGGCGCCGAUCAACUCGAUGGCUCAGAGUACGAUGAUGAUGUUUUCGCCUGAUGGAGACAACGAGGUGGAUAUGCCCGGAAGUGCGUCAGUGUUUAUUGGCCAUGAUCGAGGUCACGUCGGAGGUGGCUCGAACAAGCGUGGUGGAAAUCAAGGUCCCCAGGAGUCAACCCUUCCUCAUGGCGGAGUGUUCCAUCUGGAUGACGAUGAGGAUUUCUUUGGUGGAUUGGAUGAUAUGAACGGCCACAAUGGUCAUCAUAACGGUCUAACGAACGGACGGUAUGACGGAGCAGUCGGCAAGGGUCGCACCGAUCUGAGCGACUUUCUCGAGCAGGAUGAGGAUGACUAUGAUGAGGGAUCGUUGGUGUGA